AGGAGGUCCCCAAGACGGCCUCAGGGAGGUCCGUAGCCAUUUUGGCUCAAGCCAUUUGGGUUCAAGGCACUUCUGGCUCAAGCACCAGAAUCUGACCUAUACUUACCGCCAUGCCGCCAUCUGAGCAAGCGGUACCACUCCGGAGGGGAGGGGCGAUGGUAUGGGCCUCGAUGGUAUUGGCCGCCGACGUGGCGUUCGCGCAGCACCACGGCGCCAAGUUGGUGAACCGGUCCGAGUACACAGAGCUUGGCAUCAACACGGCGGCUCUGAACCGAGGCAAAAGCGUAGACGACGAGCCCAAGCUCGAGCAGCACUCGCAGGGCUACGAGGCCGCCACGGACUUCCGCCUCGCGGACGAGGCCGGGCGGGACGUGCUCCGGGAGGCCGCGGGCCUCGGCGGCCCGACCGGGGGGUACAGGCCGUCGGGCAGCGUGCUGGUGCUCCGCUUCCGGUCGCACAGCAAGACCGCAAGACCGCGGCGCCCUCGGGUGGCAGGGUCGUCGUGCACGGCACGGACGGAAAGACGGAGCGUGCUCUCAACCAGGCUGGCGUCUUCAGGAGCCCUGGCCGAGACGCAGUGUUGACCACGGUGGGGCAGAGUUUUACGGGCACCGUGUGGGUUGGAUCCAGGACGUUUGACCUUCGGCACCGGCACGGCAGCAGCACUCUGGAGGUGAGGCGUUUCGACGCCAAGCUGUCCGCCGAGACAGGGGUGGGCAGUCUGCGCCCCAACGGCUCAUCGAAGGAGCCCGCCGUGGACAGGCGUUUGUCGAUCCUGAAUCCCAGCGCGAUCGACCAGUGGACUGGCUGCUAUCCUGGAGAGGAGACCAUGCGCACCUUCAAGUUCGGCGCGGUCAUCACGUCCAACGUUUGGAUAAACGAGAAUUUCCAGACUGACCUAGAGGCAGAGGAUUGGAUCCACGCCAUGGUCGAAAAUGCGAAUAUGGCGUACGAGCCCCAGCUCAACAUCAAUUUGCAGUUGGGGAGCCUCUACAUUCAGAAGACUCACGACGGCGCUCCCGGCUGGGACCAAGGCCCCUCGUGUCCGAUGGACCUCAAUGCCCAGUUGUGGCAGAUGGUUUUAUGGGAGCCUACAGCUCCGGACACCACCAUGGGCGUGUGGCAUAUUUUCGACGAUUGCUAUCAGCAGGCGUAUAACGGUGGAAGUGGCCUCAUCGGCCUUGCGUACAUCGGGGUAUUGUGCUACGAUUGGGGAUACAACGUAGGAGCCAAUUGGAUAAGCCACCUCCCUUACACAAAUCCCACUUGGCAUAUAUUCGCACAUGAGAUGGGACACAACUUCGGAGCCCAACACUCGUUCGAGCAGGGCCAAGGAACUACAGGUGGCAUCAUGGAUUAUGGCGAUGGGACGGUCAACGGCGUCUAUCGGUUCAACGACCUCCGCUUUUCUGACAUCUGCACUCAGCUCACCAGCCAAGUCAACACCUGUUCAGGCUUCUCGACUUUCGAGGCCGUCUGCGGCAACGGCGUCACGGAGCCAGGCGAGGGCUGCGAGUGCAGCGACAGGUCGCAGGCUUGCGACGGGUGCUGCAGCUGCCAGCUGGACGCGCGAAUUGGUGCUCCCGCGGAGCCGAUGCAGUGCUCGCCUGACGCCAUCGGCCACGGCGGCUGCUGCAACGAGCGGGGCAUGUUCGAAGACGUCGGCACCGAGUGCACGCUGGCAGAAGUACGCGGCUACUGCAACCAGGGCGCGUGUGUCACCAACCACAUCUGCGCAUACAGCGGCAUGUUCGAAGGCUUCUGCGGGCUCGAGGCGGACGGCUGCAAGAUCAAGUGCACCCAGGCUGGAGACGGCACGUGCAUCAGUCUCCGCGGCUGGGGGCUGAACGGCGAGCCCAUCAACAACGUCCCGGAUGGAACGCCUUGCACGGAGAGCGGCUACGCCGGCAAGUGCAACGCUGGCGACUGCAAGCUCCCUACAGAGGUGAGCAUCUCAGGUGAUGCGACGACCGAUUCUCCAGCGAAACUCAUACCUCGCUCGACAGCCGCCAACUUCCGCGGGUGCGUGGGGUUCGCCGACCGUGGUUUCCUCGGCCACGCAGACGUAGCAGUGUUCCUCACGGGAAAAACUCUCACUCAGUGCAAUCAUGAGUGCCAGAAUUGGUGGCAGUGCCAUUCUUUUGUUCACAGGGCGGACACGGGUUUCUGCGAGUUGUGGUCAAUUAAGAAUUUAGCGGAAGACUUGGCGGUGGUGCCAGGCUACGACACUUACAUAUGUGAUGCCUACGCUGCUGGCUUAGAUUUCCUCGACGCCGAUUGCGACGAGAACGCUGACGCAGUCGCACCAGGCGUCCCUGCACUGGAGCGCAGCGCAGAUAAUGGGCACACCCAGGGCACUUGCUACAAUACGUGCAAGGCAGACCCUGGUUGCCACAUGUUCGUCUUCGUCGAAGGGACCGGCAGUUGCCAGCUAUACCCUUCCGAGGUCUCUGAAGCUAAUUUGGUGUACAGGGACCCCAGUGAGGGCUACAUCACAUGCACUCUACCGUGCCACGGCAGUGGCAAGAUUUGCCCAUGCCGCGAGAGCCCCACCUCCAAGAUCCGGGUGCCGUGCCAGUGCGAUGCGUCCACCAGCCCUUUCGAGAACGAGUGCGACAUCAACCAGUACUGCUACCACGGAACAUGCGCCGACUCCCCGCAGCGUCGGCUGUCAAGCUUCUGCGCGCCGGCUCCACCACCCACCCCAGCCUCCGUGACAGCCGCGCCAACACCAGCGCCCACCAGCUCGCCGAGCCCCGCGCCGAGUCCCGCGCCGACCACAGCGCCGACCAGCUCGCCGACCCCCGCGCCGAGUCCCGCGCCGACCACCGCGCCGAGCCCCGCGCCGACCAGCUCGCCGACCCCCGCGCCGACCAGCUCGCCAGGUCCCGUACAGACCAGCUCGCCGACCUUCGCGCCGACCGGCUCGCCGACCAUCGCGCCGACCAGCUCGCCAACGCCAGCACCGCCUCCGACUUCAGCACCAACGCCAGCGCCGACGCCAACACCUGUUUACGCCAUGGUCUACAGCACAGGAAAGUGCCAGGGGGCUGGGACCAUCACCACGGCUGGGAGCCUCGAGGAAUGUGCCAUUCUUUGCGACGCAACACUGAAUUGUCUCUUCUUGAGCUACUCUGUUGAUUCUGGUGGGUGUAAGCUGUCUGAAGACUGUGACAGCGUGGGCUUAGACACUAGCUACAGCGUGUACCAGCUUGGCGCGACCCCAGCUCCAACUGCGUCACCAACUCCACUGACGUGGGGCAUAUACGGCACCGGAAAGUGCAAGGGCACCGGGACGACGGACAGCUCAGGAUUGACCGUCGAUGGGUGCGGCAGUUUGUGCGCGCAGUCGAUCGGUUGCCAGUUCUUCAGCCAUUCUUCGACAGAGUGCAAGCUGAGUGACACAUGUGGCAGCAUCAACUCGUUCGACACGGACUUCACGAUAUACCACUUGGCAUUGACCCUGGCGCCCACGUUCGCGCCCGGGGUCCCGACACCUGCGCCCACCCCUGUGACGUAUGGGAUCUACGAUACAGGAAAGUGCAAGGGCACCGGGACGACGGACAGCUCAGGAUUGACCGUCGAUGGGUGCGGCAGUUUGUGCGCGCAGUCGAUCGGGUGCCAGUUCUUCAGCCAUUCUUCGACAGAGUGCAAGCUGAGUGACCACCUGUGCGGAGCAGCAAUUCAACGUCGUUCGACGAGCGAAGCUUCGGAAGUAGUACCACUUGGCAUAGAACCUGCGCCCCACGUUCGCGCCCGGGGUCCCGACACCUGCGCCCACCCCUGUGACGUAUGGGAUCUACGAUACAGGAAAGUGCAAGGGCACCGGGACGACGGACAGCUCAGGAUUGACCGUCGAUGGGUGCGGCAGUUUGUGCGCGCAGUCGAUCGGUUGCCAGUUCUUCAGCCAUUCUUCGACAGAGUGCAAGCUGAGUGACACCUGUGGCAGCAUCAACUCGUUCGACACGGACUUCACGAUAUACCACUUGGCAUUGACCCUGGCGCCCACGUUCGCGCCCGGGGUCCCGACGCCUGCGCCCACCCCCGUGUCCUUCACGCAGACGCACUCGACUGGGAUGUGCAAAGGCACGCCGUUGUCAUUUCCCACCGUGGCGGAUCUUCAGGCGUGCGGAGCCGCCUGCUCAGCUCAGUCGGGCUGCGCGUACUUCAGCUUCGCGAGCGCCACCGGAGCCUGCAAGCUCUCCUCGUCGUGCAGCAGGAAUAAGUGGAUGACGGCUUACGCGAUCUACCAGCUGGACGUGCGGUGAGCUCGAAUGCUAGUUUGACGUCUCAGCAGCAGUCGAGUGAGUUCUUUACGCUUCGCGUAUCCCCACCAGCCCAUCUCAAAACAGCAGCUCUUGCGAAGCAUGCCGACAAACAUAACGGGCUCUCUAAACCACUCACGCCCAAAGGGCUGGUGGGAUUUUCUCACUGUCAUUCUCGACCUGGCGCUUCAGUAGCAGCUCGGCCAGCCGUUUUUCCGCCCUCCGCCGGCACAGAUUCACCAGUUUCCUCGAACAGUCGGUGCACUACGGGGUUCUUUCUGGGUUCCCUCGCUUGCGCCACAUGGACGGCACCACAUACGCUGCGCCACGUAGCUCACACAUCCAGGCGUCAAUAGCUCCGUGUUUGGGGGGCACGCUGGCAACCCCUUGCUUUUUGAUAGUAUCCCGUGUGGACCUACGCAUAUAUGAAACGCCGGCAAACAGCGGCGCGCUCAGAAUUCAUUGCUUGUAGGCUCAACGCUGGAUGCAAAUGGUCGACGUGACGUCGACGGGUCUCCGGGUUUUGGACAUGUGGUUUUCCCGUCGCCUCCAUCUGCUAGACAAUCUUUGAGGAGGCGCUGUUUUUUGUUCACAUGGCGGGCUCGUCGGCAGCCGUGGCCACGCCGUUGCCCUCCCUCUGUCUGUCCGUGCUUCCUUCCUUCCAGGCACGGCAAAAAAAGACAACAGUAAGACGCACAAGGUGGGCGCAUGACGACGCCUCGUUGCGCGAUUGGAGGGCGCGUCCAUCUUAGCCUCCGGUGCGCAGAUAGUGUGCCUCUCGAGGAUUCGUUGAUCCAGAGCGGAGAGCACCUAGCAUCCGUCAGAGCUGCUCGCCUAUUUAACUUUUCCUUUUGCUGGAGGGAUCUCGUGCGGGGAGCCUUGGCAACGUCCAAGCAGCUCUCAGCACGCCCGUGAGAGCGAUAAAGACGGCCUCAGGGAGGCCCAAGAGAGCCUCGUUCGAAAUCAUCAUCCCUGAAGCCUCUCCGGGAACAUGAUUUCCGGGUUCCCAGGACGCCCAAAGACAGCCCCCAGAGGCCCCGGACACGCCGAAGACUAUGGCACCGGCUGGGCGCCGAGCGGCGCGAAGGCAUGCUGUCAGCUGGAGGCGCUGGGGCUGGCGCGCUCUGGAUGCAGAUGCCCGCCGAGCCUGCCGAGUUCUUUCUGUCUUACCACUUCCGCGUGGCGUCCCUGCGCAGGCUUGGCGCGUUGGGGGCCCCCAGAGGAGCGACGUGCCGCAUCCCGUGCCGAGGUGGAGAUGGAGCGGAGGUGUGCGGGCAGCUGCUGGACCCCACGCUCCGGCAUCCACAGCUGUGCAAGCAUGGCCCUGCACGCAUGCGUCCUCACAGGGCUCUCGCGGCAGCAGUUGCCAGGCUGCUGCGCGCGUGCCGGGCGGAGGUGGACAUGGAACGCACGGUCCCUGAGCUGAGCCGGAAGAGAAGGAAUGGCUCCAUUGAGGAGGCCAUCGUGGACUUGUAUGACGACGCCGCCAAAA